AAGCUGGGCCAGCCACCCGUUCGCGCGCUAUCUCCCGGCCCAGGCCUCCGCUCCCGGCUCCCGGCUCCUCCCGACUCGAUCGUCGAUCCCGCCCCCACCAGGCCACCAACCAGCAACCACCAUGCCGCACCACGGCAGUCACCGCCCGGGCGCCGGGGUCCAGGGAGACCCCGUGUUCCCGCGCGCCACGUCCAGGGUGGUGCCCGACCCGUCCCGCUUCUUCGCACCGGGGCUCCUCGCCGCGCCGCUGCCCACCAACGCCUUCUUCCAGAACUUCGUGCUCAAGGACGGGGACAUGCCGGAGUACAUCCACCCGUACUCCAUCCGCUCCCCCGGCGGCGGCGCGCUCGACGUCUGCUACCCGUCGCGGAGCCACUCGCCGUCUUCCGUAACCCAGACGUUCGUCGCCGACCUCACCGUCUCUGACGCCGCCGCAGCCGCCGGGACCGGGAGCGCGCAGCGCCACGUCGUGUCGGCCUUCGACGACCUCUCCGUCACACUCGACGUGUCCCAGUCCCUCCGUGCGCACCUCGUCCGCGGUUGCCCCUACGUCACCGUCACCGUCACCGCCAAUGCCACCGGCCCAAUCGACAUCUCCUUCGCGUCCGUCCACGCCUUCGUCGAGCUCAGCUCCUGCCAGUGCCACCACGGCUCCUCCGGCACCAAGUGGCGCCUCCGGAUGGACAGUGGCCAGACCUUCCUGCUCUACGCCUCGGCCCCGAUCCGCCUCGCGCAGGCAACCCCCACGCAGCUCUCAGCGCCCGCCUUCGCCGGCGCCAUCCGGGUGGCCUACCUCCCGGACGCGUCCAUGGAGCCGGUCCUCGACCGCUACAGCCGCUGCUUCCCGACCGCGGGGCACGCCACGAUGAACCCGAACGACCGGCCAUUCUGCGUCGACUACGCCUGGCAUAAGGAGGGGCACGGGGAGCUGCUGAUGCUGGCGCACCCGCUCCACCUCCGCCUACUCGCACUCGCCGCCGCCGCCGACGAGAACCGUGCCGUCCGGGUGCUCGACGGCUUCCGGUACCGGAGCAUCGACGGCGACAUGGUUGGCGUCGUCGGCUGCUCCUGGGCGCUGCGCGCCGACCCGGUGCCCCCGACGUGGCACUCCACCCGCGGCGUCCGCGCGGACGGCGUGGCCGAGGUGGUGGCCGCGCUGCGCGCCGACGUGGGCGCGCUCGCGCCCGCCGCGGUCACCACCACCUCGUCCUACUUCUACGGGAAGGCGGUCGCGCGCGCGGCGCGGCUUGCGGUGAUCGCGGAGGAGGUCGGGUGCGCCGACGUGGUCCCGGCGGUGCGGGAGUUCCUGGCGGCCACCGUCACGCCCUGGCUGGACGGCAGCUUCCAGGGGAACGGCUUCCUGUACGACGCCACGUGGGGCGGGCUGGUGACGAUGCAGGGGCUCACCGACUCCGGCGCCGACUUCGGGUUCGGCAUCUACAACGACCACCACUACCACCUGGGCUACUUCCUGUACGCUAUCGCUGUGCUGGCGAGGUUGGACCCGAGCUGGGGCCGCCAGUACGCGCCGCAGGCCUACGCCAUGGUGGCCGACUUCAUGACGGUGUCGUGCGACAAGUCCGGCGGCAGCUUCUUCACACGGCUGCGGAUGUUCGACCUCUGGACGCUGCACUCGUGGGCGGGGGGUCUGGCGGCGAUCCCCGACGGGCGCAACCAGGAGAGCACCAGCGAGGCCGUGAACGCCUACUACUCGGCGGCGCUGGUGGGGCUCACCUACGGGGACGCGCGGCUCGCCUCCCUGGGUGCGACGCUGGCGGCACUGGAGAUGCUGGCGGCGCAGACGUGGUGGCACGUACGGGACGGGGAGGGCAUGUACGAGGAGGACUUCAGCGGGAGCAACCGCGUCGUCGGGGUGCUGUGGGCGAACAAGCGCGACAGCGCGCUGUGGUUCGCGCCGGCCGAGUGGAAGGAGUGCCGGCUCGGGAUCCAGCUGCUGCCCCUGCUGCCCAUCAGCGAGGCGCUGUUCCCGGACGUGGCGUUCGUCAGGGACCUGGUGGAGUGGACGCUCCCGGCGCUGGCGAGGGACGGCGUCGGCGAGUGGUGGAAGGGGUUCGUGUACGCGCUGCAGGGGCUUUACGACACGGAGGCGGCGCUGGCCAAGAUCCGAGCGCUCACCGCGCAUGAUAAUGGCAACUCGCUGACCAACCUGCUGUGGUGGCUGCACAGCUGGGCCCGCGGCAGCGUCGUCGGGGACGGGGACGGGUUCGGGUUCGCCGCUAGCUGCUGCUGGUACCGCCACUGACAGUGACAGUGGUGGCCAGCACGAGUGACCAACCGUUCGUGUCAGCUUGUGGAGCAGAGCAGGGGCUACUAAUAAACCUCAAGAGUUGGAUGACGCUGUUCUUCGAAGACUGGUAAAAAGAAUAUAUGUGCCACUACCUGAUCCAAAUGUACGGAUGCUACUUCUAAAAAUUCAGCUCAAAGGACAAGCAUUCAAAUUGUCGAACUAUGAUUUCGAAAGGCUUGCUGUGGAGACUGAAGGUAUUUUUUUUCAGGAUAUUAUAUUCAGGAAGUGAUCUGAGAGCCUUGUGCGAGGAAGCUGCAAUGAUGCCAAUAAGAGAGCUCGGUCCACAGAAUAUUCUUACUAUUAAAGCAAAUCAGGUAUGUUUCUAAAACAGUCUGAACUUAGAUUCAUUUGUUCUGAAUUUUGUCACUGUUAACAUACCAGCUCAAACAGUCUUGUAGGUAUCUUUACAGGUAACAUAGCCUAAGCAGUUAUUGCCCAGUAAAACUUAGGAAUGUCUGGCAUACAGAGCAGUUAUAGCUUCAGCUGCGACCUUUGAGGUACGAGGACUUCAAGAACGCGAUGGCGGUGAUCAGGCCAAGCUUGCAGAAGAGCAAAUGGGACGAACUGGACAGAUGGAGCGAGGAAUUCGGUUCGAGCUGAGGGCGACGCGCGCUGCCUGAUGAUGAUGAUCAAGCGGCCCCAUCUGUACAUGAUUUACGCAGUGUACCGUGUACGUAGUGUAUCCGUGAAAGGCAUGACGUCCUUGGCGCCGCCGGUACAUGGCGCCGUUCGGGUCGCCGGCCAUGGCGUUCGCGGCCGGAAGCCCGACCCCGCCUCCUCGCUGUCGACCAUCGGGAUUAGAUUGGUGGGAAAAGAUAACCAUAUUUCCCUGUCCCAAUCCCUAUCUAUUUCUCUAUCGAACUACCCAAACAUAAAAUAAAGUAUGUUCCAUCCCUCAUUUCCCACAAUCCAAACGCCACCUUGAGGCCGCCCACACCGGUGCUUCCCCGUUCUUCCAGUCACCCGUUCAGAGAGAGAAAAGGGGACAAGCAGGAGGCUCUCUGCUAGGGUUUGAAGACUCCCAGUACAUUUGCCUUCCGUGAGUGAAGCCGGCACUCCGAGGACAACAAAGCGGAUACAAGGAGCCUCCCUCAGCUUUUUCCCCAUCGGCGGAGGGCGGUCUUAGGAGGCGAGGCGACGGCGACGGCUCCUGUACGCACCUCCGCCUCCGGCCUCCGCCCACUCGAGAACGGCGGAAGCGCUGCCCAAGGCCACAGACUCCUUUCCUGAGAAGUGGAAUCUGAAAAGAGGAAUGAAGAGAGGAGGAUCAGAAAGCCCAAAGAGGAAGAGAGGACCAGCGAGAGAAAGGCUCGAGACAAGCCAGUAAGGGAGCUUCUAAUCACUAAACAAGGAGAAACUGGAUUCAGGCUAUGACCAAGUUGUAAUGGAAGUCACUGAGGCUACAUCUGCAAUGUUGUGAGAACAAUUCCAGGACUACAUUGUUCGAGAAUCAGGCAACUCACAGUCCAAUCUUAGUGUAGUAGUAUGUAACAUGACCCUGUUAGCUUCCCCUAAUUGUGUGAACUGUGAACCGCACCAGUACGUAUUAUGGUCUUAUUAUGUGAACUGUGAACCGCACCAGUAUGUAUUAUGGUCUUAUGGACUACCCUUGUUGGGCGUACUAUUAUGUUAAUGCCUAUCUUGGUGGUAA